AUGGGACAUUUUUUGUUUUUUUUUCAUUGGCUUCCUGUUUAUAGUAGAUCUCAACCAUGAUGCUCUCCACAGCAGAGAAUGGUUUACCUCCAUCCAUCUUAAUCAAGAAAAAAAAGCACAUUUACCUGGAAAUAUAUGAUCUAUACUAAUUUACAUGUAUAAUGAGUGUUACAAUGGGCUAAAAAAUAACAAGUGAUUUCAUCCCUAGCCAAAAUGUACAAGUAUUUUGUUACAUUUGAACUUUUGGGGGAAGAUUAUUGAUUGAGAGAGUAAUUUAAAGCUGAGCCAUUAUUGCACAACAGCGGAGAAAGUGAGAUGAGUCAAAAGGACGGGAAUAGGAGAGUGGAAAACUUAAAUCUAGCCGAGAUAAAAUAACUCCAAAACCUCUGGAGAGAAAACGCUGGAGGAGAGAUAGGGACCUGUCACAAACAACAAGCUCAAUGACAAACCGCAAAACGUGCCAUUUUCCAAGUUGUACCUAAUGCCCAAAGCGCUCUCAUUUUUCAGCCAUUCUUGACAAAUCAGCAGUGGUAUGAAGUCAUCAAGUGGGUGAGUUUCAUUUAUUAUUAAUAAUCAUCGAACAGCAUACGUGGUCAAUAUACUUUGUGCACUAUUCUGAGGUAGCAACACAUAACUCAAGCUGAACUCACAGCACGCUCACAGCUCAGGAGAGGAUGGCUAUAAAGACAGCUCUGGCCAUGAGGACCCCCUCCAUCCUGAUGACCAUGUCCCCCCUCCUCAGCUUCAGGAUGAACUCCUCUACCGUGCCCGCUGCUCUGUCCAACAGCAGCUCCACAUCCCUCCGACUCUCAGGUUUAGGAAUGUCCUUUUUCACCAUGACCUUUGGAGCCAUUUCCAACCUCACUGCGCUGGGAAUCCUGGUCAAGUCUCGUGUCCGGUUUCGCCGCCAAUCUAAAACACCAUUUUUGAUAUUAACAGUGGCUUUACUAAUUGCUGAUCUUGGAGGUCAUUUGAUCCCAGGAUCUUUUGCAAUGUCACUUCAUAUCAACAAAAUGUAUCAACCAAAACCAGACAUGCCCAAUGAGACUUUAUGCCAAAUUUUUGGAGCUAGUAUGGUGUUUUUUGGCCUCACCCCAUUGCUGCUGGGUUGUGCAAUGGCAGUAGAACGUGUUGUUGCUAUUUGCUUCCCAUUUUUCCAUGCUUCCACUAUAACUAAAGGUCAUGUGCGCAGAGUGGUCCUAUCAUUGUAUUCUCUUGCACUUUUAAUUGCUAUUUUGCCUUUAUUUGAUAUUGGAAAGUACACCGCCCAACAUCCAGGAACUUGGUGUUUCUUACAAAUUCAAAUUCCUCAUUCAAGACAAGAUAGAGGCAUGGCAUUGGCAUUUUCAUGUCUUGGGAUUACAGCUCUGGCCUUUUCGCUUCUCUGCAACAUCCUGAGUGGUUUGGUAUUGCUGCAGGCCAGGAGGAAAGCCCAAUAUGUGAACACAAAAUCUGAUAAUACUUGUGCAAGACGACCUUCAACAGCCUCUUCAACUUCUUUAUUUUGUUCCCUGGAUGUUGAGAUGAUGGUGCAACUGGCAGUACUUACAGUGGUUUCCUGUGUGUGCUGGAGUCCAUUCCUGAUUCAUAUUCUGGUGCUGCAAUCCAGCCAGAGUUCAGGAGAUUUACCCGAGGGCCCUGAUCGGUUUCUUUUGCUGGGAUUACGCAUGGCCUCCUGGAACCAAAUCCUGGACCCGUGGGUUUACAUCCUGCUAAGGAGGACCGUGCUGUUCAGAGUCUGCUGUAGACGAACUUUCACUAACUUUAAAUACUCACGGAGGGAAACAUUUGUAUUGCAAUAAACAUGGGUUUGUUGGCGGCUGCUGUGAAACUGAAUUCAUUUAGUACAUUUAAGGGGGCUUAAACCGUGUUUUCUCAGAAAUGAUCGAAGCCAACUAGCCAGCUGAGAAGUUUUAGCGGAUUUCAGAACUUAUUU